AUGAUCACGCCCGGGUGUCGUUUAAUUGAAAGCGGUUUUUUGUGUCGAGAGGAGAUUCAACGGCUCAACAACUUCUUCGCCGAUGAUUUAGUGCUAGGUCACGCAGCAAAAUGGGAGGCUCGUCUCGCGCGCUCGGAAAGCGGAAGUCUCUCGGAAAAUGGCGAAGAAAUAGUUCGUGGAUGUGAUGCGGAACAACCAGUUGGAGCUGAUGAAUGGGAUCCGUUUGAAAAAGAGGACACAGCACCAAAAGCGAUGCGAUCGAAUGAUUGGCUCAGGAAGGUGGAUCUCCAAGCCUACUCGAAUCUCGAUUUCAUCAUGGCCGUUCAUCGACAUCGUUUCGCAUUGUUGACAAAGAGUGCAACGACAUCUCUCUAUGAAAUUGCGCUUCUUUGCGCGCCGAGCUUUUUGAAAGAUGAUUCAGAGAUCACUUGUGCCACAGCUUUCGGCUUGGGAAGCACACGAAAAAGUGAGCGCCUCGAUUGUGUCUGUAUCGCUGUGGGUACAACUGAGGGACAGGUGGCAUUUUACACAGAAAAGGGUACCCUUCUGUUCAUCGAGCGUUUUGCUAACUCGCCGAUUCUCGACGUCUCCUUUGAGCAGUUUAAUGAUGAGCAACAAAUUUGCGUGUCAACGGAAAACGAGGUUUUUCUCAUUCAACCCUUCAGCAUGGUUUCUGUGUUGACACAAGCAAAAACGGCGAUAGCGAUGGGCCAACAGAACUAUCAAGAGCUCUCCGACACUUUGGAGAUUGAGUUAGAAAGAAUUGAGCCGGAGAAUGGCGGGAAUUUCGGCUCGAUCGUCAUCACGGGCACUCAAAAGCCACCAUCAUUUGAUCAAUAUGUCACCGCGUCGACUCAGGAUUUUACGAGACGAGUCGAUCGUCCGGGAUUGCCGAAUUAUUCAACUUUGUUCAUCACUCGACCCGAUAAAUAUUUGGGGGAUUUCGUGUGGCACGAGACUGGGCAAAAGAGUGGAGCGUGGGGGACUGCGGUGAAUCAAGUCGCGAAUAAGGUCAUACCUCAUUUUGGCUUGAGGAAAUUUCUCGGUUGGACAAAGGAUGACACGAGGAAAACGUGGGCGAUUGGGAGAAGUAAAAUGACUGCUUACACGCGAGGAAUUUUGGGUGAAUCACGAGUGGCUGAAUGGUUAGUGAGAGCCCCAGACCGUCCACUCAUUGCCGUCGUCGACAAUCAUGCAAGAGUCCUACUGAUUGAUUACAACUCCCGUCAAAUCGUUCGAAUUUGGAAAGGUUAUCGAGAUGCUCGAUGUCUCUUUAUCACGUCAAAGCAAGACGACAAAACGGCCCUCUUUCUGGUCAUUCAUGCGCCACGGAGGGAUUUGAUCGAAAUUUGGAGUCUACAGAACGGUUUCCGCGUGUCAGCCCGUCACGUGCCAUCGAAUUCCCUCCUGUUGGAUGGUGGUGGGGAAAUGGUGCUGGGAAGUGGAAGUGCCGAACUCUCGUCGACAGCUUUUCUCUUUCUACUCGAUGGUCGUUUUCUAUCGAUCGAGGUUCCAUACAUUUGUGCCUUGGUGAGAACAUCGCACGAGGAUCACGACAAAUUGUAUCUAGCAAAGCUUUCCUCGGAGAUUUUCACUGAUCUCCCCAAAUUCACAAGUGCUUUCGUGGAGUUGAAAACGAUUCGCGGACGACGAGAACUUGUCACGAAUUUGAUGAAUUCCAUGAACUCAUCCACUCAACUAUUACAGUUCAUUGAUGCUCUGGAAAAGAUCGACAGCUCAAUCUCGAUCAACGAUCUUCUCAUUUUCAUUCGACGUUUAUGCACAGAUUAUGAGAAAUUGUCAAGAUGGACGAAUGCGGGCAGAUUAGCGAAGAGGAAAACCUUUUUAAAGUUGUGCCCAACAAUGGAAUUCUCAAAACUUCUUUCGCUGCACAUCGAUUUUGAGAGUGCUCCCGUUUCCUCGACUCGAUCGAGUUUCGCCGAUUUUCUCGCAAUCAUCAACGCGCAAACGGGCUCCACCACUUCACAACUGAGAAAAUUAUCGGACAAAGAAUUGCAUGCCUUCGCUCAUUUGAUCUUCGACGGGUUUAUGCUGGGAAAGCAACCGUUCGAUGAACUCUUUGGAGUACUUAACGAGCUCCCAUUUGAUACGGAAAAUCUGGCGUGGCUCUUGUCCCAAUGGUGGGUGCAUUCGUCUGGUUUACCGACGCUGAGAGUCAUCGUUUCACUGAUACUCCUUAUCACAAAAUUCAUCAAUCUUUCACCCAAUUGCUUGGAGACUUUUGAGAAAGCUUUGCUCGAAUGUGAAAAAAUCGAUCAAUCGAUUGCCCUUUAUGCUGUCUUGAUCAUGAUUCGAUGCAAUCAAAGGAAAGAAAUCAUUGAAGAGCUUUCUGAGGCGAGAAUUCACAAUGAAGUCGUGAAAGAGGCACAGCCACAAGAUGUCAAUUUGUUCUAUCAUGAUGCUCAGUCAACGAUUUACGAAGAAACCGAUGACUUACCACCAGUGGAUCUCGAAGGCUCAAUAGAAGAACGAUUAUUGAAGAAAGGAGUGGCAGAUGAGGAGAUUGAGGAAACAAAUGAAUGGGAGAUAGACAUGGUCGAGAAUGAGACUGUCUUUUGUUGGCUACGUGCCGGCCACGUGUUGAGCUUACUCGAAAAACUCGGUGAUCCCAUCGAAAAGCAGUCUUUUUCGCGUCUAUUCGCCAGUGGAAUGGGUUAUUUCACUGAACAGCUAGCUAAAUACGUGUUGAUUCGUGGAGAGAACGCAGCGGAACUCGUCAAUCUACUCGAGGCUCUCCUCGUGAAUCCAUCAAAUGCACCGAUUCUCUGUGAGCUUCUCAAAACUCUCCCAAUCUCUUUGGAAAUCGAUCGAAUUCGAAGCGAAUCCACAUGGGAAGCGAUGAGCUUGUGGAUCAAGAAUAAGCAGGAUUUUGAAUAUUUGGAGCAAUUUUGCGACUUUCUCCCAACAAUUGAAUGCGAUCGUUUACGCCAUGGGAUUUGCCGCCUCGCUUGGGAUACACAUUUAGGAGAACUCUUCAAGGAAACAGCUCAAAUAUUUGACAAAACAGGAAGAUCGCUGAAAGAUCGAGAGGCUCGCAAACAUAUUGGCAUCACUGAUAUGCAAUUGCCGAAAUUUCUGUCCGCUUCGCUUUUGUGUCUCCGAGAAUUGCUCUCCUCAGUCAAAGACUCACCACCGCCACUACAAAUUGAACAUGAAGAAUGGUUGAAGACUUCUUUCACCAAACCGGCCAUCAAUUUCCAUCAAAUCACUUCAAGGGCUUCCCUCUGUGAGACAAUCUCUCGACAGGGUUUAGUCAACUAUCACCUCGUGCUACAUCAUCUACAUUUGGCUAUGGUUUUGAGGUUACAACACGAGGCGCUCGAUCGUUGUCAUGUGAUUAGAAAUCUUUUCUGCGAUAAAGGACAAAGAGCUUUCUUUUUACCGUUCACUUCUCAUCCAUUGCUACCACUUGCAAAAGUCGAUGAGACGAUUAUUGAGAGGAGACGUUUGUGGAUUGAAAAGGUGAGUGAAACGGUGGACGAGGAAACGAUUGAGCUUGCCCGGGAAUUGUGUCAAGAAUGGAAUCUCGGAGUGAACGAUGUGAUUGUUGGAGUGGCAACGAGGCUGCUUCGAGAGGGGAAAGACACCGAUGCGAGUCGAGAAAUCGCUAGUCUCACUCAUACGGAGAGAAUGGCAAGAAAGAUGUGCUCAAUUCUGGCAGCAAGAGUGCUUCGAUUGUCCGCUGAAAAGGGAGCGACUGUGCAACAGACAACGGAGAGACAACUUCGAUCGCUUGCCGGUGAUGAGAUGACAAGAGUCUCCCUAGAAGAAAUGAAUGUGAAUGGAUGGGAGAUAUCGAUUAAUUCCUUGGGCAGAGUGGCCGCUUCAAUUCAUCUUCCCGAUCUGAUCGCUCGCGAUUUUAAAGAGAUCAACUCGAUUUGUCAACAGAAUUUCUCGAUUCGUUUUUGG